UACCACAGUUGCUCUCAUAGGCUUUCUCUAGAUCUACAAAGACACAAUGUAGCUCCUUCUGACCUUCUCUGUACUUUUCUAUCAACAUCCUCAAGGCAAAUAAUGCAUCUGCGGUACUCUUUCUAGGCAUGAAACCAUACUGUUGCUCGCAAAUACUCACUUCUGUCCUGAGUCUAGCCUCCACUACUCUCCCAUAUCUUCACUGUGUGGCUCAUCAACUUUAUUCCUCUAUAGUUCCCACAGCUCUUAAAAACUACUACACAACACCCAUUUCCAUCCUUUUUGCAAAGUCUACCACCAAGUUCCUUUCCUGGAUGCCGUACUUAUCCAUUACUUCUUCAUCACCCCUGUUUCCUUCACCAAGAUGUCCAUUACAAUCUGCACCAAUCACAACAUAGGGCUGCAUUGUUUUACAGUACAAGCUUUAAUUUGCAAAAAGUCACUAUUCACGGUAGGGCUCAAUCCCUGGCCCUCUUCGGAUUCUCGUUCUUGCUUAGGAACUUUCCUUUCCUAUCCAAGCGAGAUGAACCACAAGUACUUGGAGGAUAGGUUGUUUGAAUUCUACAAAAAGCUUGGGUAAGGUGCCUAAAUGCCACUUUUAGCAUAGGUUACUCUUGAGCAACCUUUAUGAAAGGAAAGGGGAGAUAUUACCCACAAUCCCUUACGGCAAUAUUUGAAGCAACAGACCGCCGAUGAGGUUUACAGACAGGCAGGAAGACGCCAAGUGUCACGCUAGAGACUAAAAAUCAUUAAAUAAAACAAACAUUUCUACACAACAGUAAAUAUAAACAUGCAUCGAGAGUAGUCGUAGUGAACAAAUAGCAAGGUAAACAAAUAUUUGCCUCAAUAAUUGUAAGACUGAUAUUAUAUCCAAACUGCUAUAUAAACACAAAAUAUGAAAUACAGAAAGAACUCCGAGGUACAAAACUUCGGACAGCAUGGGGGGAAAAAAAAAAAAAAAAAAAAAAAGCAAGGAAGAAACAUUUUUUCUUUAUUUCUUCAGAAAGCAGAGCAUACAAACGCAGUCGCCAGGGGUGACAUUCAAUCAGUGGCAAAAAGGAAGAUGAUCGCAUUCCAAAAAGCUGGGACAGGGUCAUGCUUACCACUGUGUUACAUCAUCUUUUCUUAUGACAACAUUCAAUAAACGUUUGGGAACUGAGGACACUAUUGAAUUCUUUCCCAUUCUUGCUUGAUGUACAGCUUCAGCCGUUCAACAGUCCAGGGUCUCCGUUGUCGUAUUUUACGCUUCAUAAUGCGCCACGCAUUUUCAAUGGGAGACAGGUCUGGACUCCAGGGAGGCCAGUCUCCUGCCCGCACUCUUUUACUUCGAAGCCACGCUCUUGUAACACGUGCAGAAUGUGGUUUGGCAUUGUCUUGCUGAAAUAAGCAGGGGCGUCCAUGAAAAAGACGUUGCUUGGAUGGCAGCAUAUGUUUCUCCAAAACCUGUCUGUACCAUUUCAGCAUUAAUGGUGCCUUCACAGAUGUGUAAGUUACCCAUGCCAUUGGCACGAACACAGAUGCUGGCCUAACCCUGAGCCCAUGCAGUGAUAUCCUUUACGCUUAGAUGUCGUUUUUUUGAUGCAGUGCUGCCUGAGGGAUCGAAGGUCACGGGCAUUCAAUGUCGGUUUUCGGCCUUGCCGCUUACAUGCAGUGAUUUCUCCAGAUUCUCUGAACCUUUUGAUGAUAUUAUGGACCGUAGAUGAUGAAAUCCCGAAAUUCCUUGCAAUUGUACGUUAAGGACAAUGUUCCUAGGACUGUUGGACUAUUUUCUCACGCACUUGUUCACAAAGAGGUGAACCUCGCCCCAUCUUUGCUUGUGAAUGACUGAGCAAUUCAAGGAAGCUCCUUUUCUACCCAAUCACGGCACCCCCCCUGUUCCCAAUGAGCCUGUUCACCUGUGGGAUGUUCCAAACAGAUGGUUGAUGAGCGUUCCUCAACUUUCUCCGUCUUUUUUGCCGCCUGUCUCAGCUUUUUUGGAACGUGUUGCAGCCAUCAAAUUCUAAGUUAAUGAUUUAUUAGCUAAAAACAAUCAGGUUUAUCAGUUUGAACAUUAAAUAUCUUGUCUUUGUCGUGUAUUCAAUUAAAUAUAGGUCGAACAUGAUUUGCAAAUCAUUGUAUUCUGUUUUUAUUUAUGUUUAACACAACAUCCCAACUUGAUUGGAAUUGGGGUUGUAAAUUUGUAAUCAUUGUAGAACACUUUACAAGGGUAGAAUCUGUGAAAUAUUUUAAAAGAUGCUUCUUUCAUUUUAUAAUUCAGCAAAUAUUUUGCAGGUAAAUUUCCAUCAGCAAUAGUCGCCGUCGCGCCAUAACAUCUUGUCGGAAAAGUGGAGUCGAAUUAAUUUUCUGUUCUUUCACGUGUUCAAAAGGAGGCACCUUUUCAUCUCUCCUUGACCCUCCGAUGUACAGUAUUCCAUCAAAGAUGAAGGAAAGGUGGGAUAAGAUUAGACUUUACGAAGAGGGCCCCUAUCUCACAGGAAUUCCGGGGUUCAGCAAUUUUGAGCUUUAACGUUGUUCUUUACCUGACCAUACAGCGACUGGGAAAAUAGGCGUGAGUAGUUUACAGAGUACAUAUUUCUAAAUCAAUUCCUCUGUAUCAUAUUCUUGCAGAAUCAGGCGUCUUUUCCUGACUUCCUGGCUCUGGCCCCGCUAUGGCCCGAUGUUCUUCAAUACUUCAUCUGUCUCACUUAGGUUUGAGACUUUGUGCAGCUCUUUCCACUCAUUUUCCACACAUAUUACCAAAUUCACACGUACUUGUUGCAAACGCUUACUCCACCAACGUCAAGGUGCGUUCCUACUUUCAGUACAUUAAGCAAAAGAUCAUAGCUCCUCCCAGUCCUCCGUUCGAUCAUGUGUGUCAGGUAGGGGACCCAGUGCUGCGAUCAAGAGCUGUAGCAGUUGACCGUGCAGCUAUUAAGGGACCUGAGGUCCAGAAGGUAAUAAACACUCUGGUCAAAGUCAUGCGUAAAUUGGAGUGUGUUGGAAUUAGUGCUCCUCAGAUUGGGGUGCCACUUCGAAUCCUGGCCCUGGAGUAUCCUCAGAAGAUGUUGGAUGUGAGUUCACCUAUGUCUAGGAAAGUUCAUGGACUCUCCGUUCAACCGCUGAGAAUAUUUGUCAACCCCGAGCUCAGGGUGUUAGAUUGGCAGACAGUGCUCUUACAAGAGGCCUGUGAGAGCAUCUGUGGCUUUUCUGCCACAGUUCCACGUUACCUGUCUGUGGAAGUAUCAGGUCUGAAUGAAAAAGGAGAAGAUACAACUUGGCAAGGCAGCGGUUGGCCAGCUCGAAUCCUGCAGCACGAGAUGGACCACUUGGAUGGGGUCCUUUACAUUGACCACAUGGACAGCAAGACUUUCAUCAAUGUCAACUGGCUGGCAUACAAUGAAUAAAAAA